GGGAGGAAGAGCCGGGGCUGGAUUUCCUUCAGCAUUCGGACUUGCCUUCCGGAGCGGAGGCGGGAGCGCGGGCCUGGGCCGCUGACCCCCGGGCCCUGGCGGACCACGGGGCUAGUAGCAGAGGGUCAGCGCUGGAAUUUCAGAGUUUGCUUGCUCCGGAGAAGGAAUGGCCCUGAGGUGACUGGUCUUCUAGGGUGGGGUCCCUUGGACCCCGGUCUUCGUCUCCUCCUUUUGCGCUUCAUUUUUGCAAUUUGGACAUUUUGUGGUGUGGGAAGCUGACACCGACUCCAGUUCAAACGUAAUCAGUAUUCUCAAUUAAAAACAGGGAACAAAGGCUGCUCACUUGCCACAUAAGUGACUCUUGGUGGAACCCAUAGUUUUUAGAUAUAAGAGAAAAGAGGCCCAAUCUGUUGCUUUUGGAGCCCCCCACCCAGUACGGACAUUCUUCGGUCUUGCUGGCGCGCGGCUCCUCCGCUGCUACCUGAGGGCGCAGCCGGGCAGCUGGCUCCUUCCACACCGGGCUGCACACCCACCAUUACAAAGUUUUAACUCACGUGGGGCUGAAACCAAACUCGUGACAACUUAAACCGGACAGCCAGAUUCCUUCCCUCUGCAGAAAUUUAUGAUUAAUUACACGAAUCCCAUUUUCACAGAACAGCUUUUCAGCAAUUUCAGGAUCAUGUCUCCUAACCAUGUUUUUGUCCCGGGGGAGACUGUGCACCCUUGGCAGUAGACCUAAAUUCCUGACGACAAUUUGUGCUUCAAAAAUGCUUGGACUCUCUACUUCUGCUAAAAUGUCUUUGAAAUUCAAAAAUGCAAAACGAAUUGAAGGCCUUGAUAGCAAUGUGUGGAUUGAAUUUACCAAGUUGGCUGCAGACCCCUCUGUUGUGAAUCUUGGCCAAGGCCUUCCAGAUAUAUCCCCUCCUGUAUAUGUAAAGGAAGAAUUAUCAAAGAUUGCAGCAGUUGAUAGUCUGAAUCAGUACACACGGGGCUUUGGUCAUCCAUCACUUGUGAAAGCUCUGUCCUGCCUAUAUGAAAAGUUUUAUCAAAAUCAAAUAAAUCCAAAUAAAGAAAUCCUUGUGACAGUAGGAGCAUAUGGAUCUCUUUUUAAUGCCAUUCAAGGAUUAAUUGAUGAGGGAGAUGAAGUCAUAGUGAUAGUGCCUUUCUAUGACUGCUAUGAGCCCAUGGUGAGAAUGGCUGGAGCAAUACCUGUUUUUAUCCCCCUGAGAUCUAAACUUGUUGAUGGGAAAAAAUGGUCUAGUUCUGACUGGACAUUAGAUCCUCAAGAACUGGCAAGCAAAUUUAAUUCCAAAACCAAAGCUAUAAUACUAAAUACUCCGCAUAACCCCCUUGGCAAGGUGUAUACCAAAGAGGAACUCCAAGUAAUCGCUGACCUUUGCAUCAAAUAUGACACACUCUGCAUCAGUGAUGAGGUUUAUGAAUGGCUUGUAUAUACUGGAAAUAAGCAUUUUAAAAUAGCCACUUUUCCAGGUAUGUGGGAGAGAACAAUAACGAUAGGAAGUGCUGGAAAGACUUUCAGUGUAACUGGCUGGAAGCUUGGUUGGUCCAUUGGUCCUAAACAUUUGAUAAAACAUUUACAGACAGUUCAACAAAACACCGUUUAUACUUGUGCGACUCCUUUACAGGAAGCUUUGGCUCAAGCUCUUUGGAUUGACAUCAAGCGCAUGGAUGACCCAGAAUGCUACUUUAAUUCUUUGCCAAAAGAGUUAGAAGUAAAAAGAAAUCGGAUGGUACAUUUACUUGAAAGUGUUGGCCUAAAACCCAUAGUUCCUGAUGGGGGAUACUUCAUCAUUGCUGAUGUGUCUUUGCUAGAUACAGACCUUUCUGAUAUGAAGAACAGCAACGAACCUUAUGACUAUAAAUUUGUAAAAUGGAUGACUAAAAAUAAGAAAUUGUCAGCCAUCCCAGUUUCAGCAUUCUGUAAUGCAGAGACCAAAUUACAGUUUGAGAAAUUUGUGCGAUUUUGCUUCAUUAAAAAAGACAGUACACUGGAUGCUGCUGAAGAAAUCAUCAAGGCAUGGAGUAGACAGAAGUUUUGAUACAUGCAGACUGCAUUGUUUCUAUUAAAUGACCUAGUAUGGAAUUAUUUAGUACUGCUACUUGCUGGGUAUUGAAAAAAAAAUUUCAGUACAAAUGAAAUUUAAAGGACUAUUUCCAUUGCUAAUCCCACUCCUGAUAAUAUUCAGGAGAUCUGAUUUUUUUUUCAGCUGAAAUGUAUUAAAACACCUUUUAGACCAUUUUAUGAGUCAGUAUAGUGCAGUGGUAAGAACUGUGAGAUGCUGGUUGAUGCUUAAUCUCUCUAAACUUCAGUUUCCUCAUAAAAGGGGAAUAAAAAUAGCACCUACUUUA